UUUGAGUGACAGGUGUGUUCCAUUGAACAUAGCGAAAGGGUGUGGGCGUGGUCAGAGCAGAAGGUGGGGCCGCAGCGGUGUGUGUGCGCUGGGGGAGGGGCUGAUCCCGCGCUUGGCCGCAGUGUUCGCCUGAGAGGCGAGUGAGGGGAGUAGUAACCAUGAAACAAAGGCAGGUGGGCCUGGGGCUUUCCGGGGGCUGCAACGGCAGCAAUAACGGAGAGGGAAGCAGCGGCGGCAGAUUAUCGGGCUCGAGGCACAGGAGGAGGCGCCGCGGAGGAGGAGGAGCGGCGGGCGGGGAACGAGAGGACGGAAGCCCAGUGGCGGCGGCUGUAGCAGCAGCAGCACGGGAGCAAAUCCAGUCCGGCCGUCAGUACCCGGGGAGCCGCACCAGGGAAGAGACCCGCAGGGAGACCGAGGAAGAGGAGGACGGAGAGGAGGAGGAAGACGAGGAGGAGUGUGAGGGAGAUUUGCCGGAGGAGGAGGGAGAAGUCAGUCGGGACGCGGAGUCCAUGGCGGGGGCCUCGGCUCUGAGUCUGGCCCGUAAGAAGGACGGGGGUCCGGCCAGUAAGUUCUGGGACAGCCCCGAUACCGUCUCUCAGCUGGACUCCGUGCGAGUGUGGCUCGGCAAACACUACAAGAAGUAUGUUCAGGCUGAUUCCCCAACAAACAAAGCCUUGGCUGCACUGGUAUCUCAACUCCUGCAGUUCCAGGAAGAUGCUUUUGGAAGACACGUUACCAACCCUGCCUUCACUAAACUACCUGUAAAGUGCUUCAUGGAUUUCAAAGCAGGUGGAGCUCUAUGUCACAUACUGGGGGCUGCUUACAAACACAGGAGCGACCAAGGGUGGAGAAGAUUUGACUUGCAGAAUCCCUCCAGGAUGGAUCGCAAUGUGGAAAUGUUCAUGACAAUAGAAAAAACCUUGAUGCAGAACAACUGCUUGAGCAGGCCAACAGUCUACCUCGUUCCAGAUAUUGAACUGAAGUUGGCAAAUAAACUGAAAGAUAUAGUCAAACGUCAUCAGGGAGCGGUGACAGAAGAGAAGUCAAAGGCCUCCCACCAUGUGUACCCUAAUCCUACCUCACUGGAUGAUGAUGAAUGGCUAAGACCGAUUAUGAAAAAGGAUAAACAAGUUCAAGUGCACUGGGGAUACUAUCCUGAUAGCUAUGAUACCUGGAUUCCAGCCUCUGAUUUAGAUGCAGAUGUAGAAGAUGCUCCCAUCCCAGAGAAGCCAUGGAAAGUUCAUGCCAAGUGGAUCAUGGAUACGGAUGUAUUUAAUGAAUGGAUGAAUGAGGAAGACUAUGAGGUUGAUGAAAACAAGAAGGUGUCUAUUUUCCGCCAGAGAAUCUCAUUAAAAAAUGAGGAGGCUGUGCGAAGUCCUGAGAGGAAGGAGCGAAAGCCUGUUGGAAGUGUUAAAAAAAGAAAGCGCUCUCCUUCGCCUCCAGCAUCUGAAUCUAAAAGGAAAUCUGGCAAGAAAGGUCCAGGUGGUCUGUAUGGUAAGCGGCGAGGACAGAAAGAAGAUGAUGAACAAGAGGACCUCACAAAGGAUAUGGAGGACCCAACCCCUGUCCCAAACAUGGAAGAAGUGCUGCUCCCAAAGAAUGUAAACCCUAAGAAGGACAGUGAACACACACCUGUAAAGGGAGGAGUGGUUGCAGACCUUGAUGAACAAGAGGAAGAGACCGUUGCUGCUAGUGGAAAGGAAGAUGAAGACCCCAGCAGGGGAGAUCAGAGCAGAAUGAUGGACAAUGGUGAAGAUAAUGUGACUGAGCAGACAAACCACAUCAUCAUUCCCAGUUAUGCAGCAUGGUUUGACUAUAACAGCAUUCACGUGAUUGAGCGCCGAGCCCUUCCAGAAUUCUUCAAUGGAAAGAAUAAAUCAAAGACGCCAGAGAUAUACCUGGCCUACCGCAACUUUAUAAUAGACACAUACCGGCUGAACCCACAAGAAUAUCUGACGAGCACAGCUUGCCGGAGGAACCUUAGUGGAGAUGUCUGUGCUGUAAUGAGGGCUCAUGCUUUUCUAGAGCAGUGGGGUCUGGUGAAUUACCAGGUGGAUGCAGAUUCACGGCCUAUGGCUAUGGGCCCACCCCCAACUCCUCACUUUAACGUGCUUGCUGAUACUCCCUCUGGCCUGGUACCUGUACAUAUGAGGACUCCACAGAUACCUCCUGCCCAGCAGAUGCUUAAUUUCCCAGAAAAAAUGAAAGAGAAGCCAACCGACCUCCAAAACUUUGGCUUACGGACAGAAAUCUAUUCAAAGAAGACUUUAGCCAAGAGUAAAUCUGCCAGUGCUGGGAGAGAGUGGACAGAACAGGAAACUCUGCUGCUCCUAGAGGCCCUCGAAAUGUACAAAGAUGAUUGGAAUAAAGUGUCUGAGCACGUUGGAAGUCGGACUCAGGAUGAAUGCAUCCUUCACUUCCUCAGGCUCCCUAUUGAAGAUCCCUACCUGGAGAAUUCAAAUUCCUCUCUGGGACCCCUCGCCUUCCAGCCUGUUCCAUUCAGCCAGUCAGGCAAUCCUGUUAUGAGUACUGUGGCCUUUCUUGCGUCCGUUGUCGAUCCAAGGGUUGCGGCAGCUGCUGCCAAAGCUGCUUUAGAGGAGUUUUCACGAGUACGGGAGGAGGUGCCACUGGAGCUGGUGGAGGCUCACAUUAAAAAAGUGCAAGAAGCAGCCAGAGCUCUUGGGAAAGUGGAUCCAAACUUUGGUCUGGAAAGCAGCUGUAUAGCAGGCACUGCACCCGAGGAGCCGGAGAAGCCAGAGAAGCCAGAGAGGCCUGCUGAUGCUCCUGAAGAGGAGAAGAUGGAGACUGAAGCGGCUGAACCUGCUCAGCAGGAGAAAGUAAAUAAUGAGGUUAAAACUGAAAAGGAAAGUGAAGCAGAGAGUUGUGAGAAACCAGAAGCAGAGAAGAAGCCUGUGGAAGAAGAUGCAGAGUCUGCAGAUAAACAGAAAGCACCAGAGGAUGACGCUGAAGACAAAGAGAAUGAAUCCACAAAGGAAGCCGACCCCGCAAAGAAGAAAGCAGAGAAUGAUCUCUGUGAGGCUAAUGUGGCAAUGGCCGCGGCCGCUGCUUUGGCUUCUGCAGCCACAAAGGCAAAGCAUCUGGCAGCAGUGGAAGAACGUAAAAUCAAGUCUCUGGUGGCUUUGUUAGUAGAAACGCAGAUGAAGAAACUAGAGAUCAAGCUGAGGCAUUUUGAAGAACUUGAGACCAUCAUGGACAGAGAAAAGGAAGCUCUGGAACAACAAAGGCAACAGCUUCUCAAUGAGCGUCAGAACUUCCACAUGGAACAGCUGAAAUAUGCUGAGAUGAGAGCCAGACAACAACUCGAACAGCAGCAGCAGCAGCAGCAACACAGCCAGAACACUCAGCCCCAAGGGGGACCUGCGGGGCCCAACAUGGGUCAUGUAGGAGCCCCUAACCUUCCUGGAAUGAUGGGCCACCAACCACAACAGCAGCCUCCUCCAUAUGGGGUUCACCAUCAGAUGCCUCCUCCACACCCAGCACAGCCAGGUCAGAUGCCGGGUUCCAUGAUGACUGGACCUCCCAUGCCAGGCCGCAUGAUGCCUAACAUACAUCCACCUCCUUCUGGUAUGCCCGCUAUGCCUGGCACUAUGAUGGGAUCACGCCCCCCCAUGGCACCUAACGGCAUGUAUCCCGGCCCCCCACCACCACCGCAGCAGCCGCCUCCCCCUACGGACGGCCAGACUCCUCCUCCCACUGCACCAUAGAUUAACCACUCGUCCAAGUACUUUUAACCCUGCGAAGAACAUUGUCCCCGACUGACUGGUUUUUGUAUUCGAGUGAUGUGUUUUUAUACCGUCUCCCUCUGUUUAAUCUCAAUAUUUGCCCCAAUGAAAUGCGCAACUUCUUCAUCCACAAAUAUAUUCUUUUUAUUCUAUUCUUUAACUAUUUAAAGGAGCGGGCAGAGCUCGUGUCCAUUCUUAUUUUUUGGGGUCUGGACUUGUUUAUUUUUUCUUGAUUGGGAUUCCCCUUUUAUGAUUAAAGGGGAACUAUCAUGAAAAUAAAAAUUUAAU